AAGCUCGGGGCUUAUUUAGCACACAUGACUGGCCCACCUCUUUUCCUGUAAAUCAUAUUAGUACCAUUUUUAAUCAACUCAAUCUCAAGUUCCCAGCAUUCUCUUUCCUCACUUCUCCAAAUUUGCAUCAACAUUAGCCUGAUUUUUUGAGGUAUCAGAUGGCAGGUGAGCCAGUUAAUGUAAAUGAGUUUCAAGAAUUGGCUCGUCGAGCCCUUCCCAAGAUGUACUACGAUUUCUAUGCUGGAGGAGCUGAAGAUGAGCACACAUUAAGGGAAAAUAUCAGAGCAUUUUCCAGAGUCAGCAUCUCUCCAAGAAUUCUCAUAGAUAUGAGCCAAAUUGAUCUUUCAACAAGUAUCUUGGGCCAUCAGAUCUCCGCGCCAAUAAUGAUUGCUCCAACAAGCUAUCAUAAGCUCGCACACCCUAGAGGAGAAAUAGCAACAGCUAAAGCUGCAGCUGCAUGUAAAACAAUUAUGGUCCUAUCCUUUAGUUCUAACUCCUCCUUGGAAGAGGUUGCUGCCUCCUGCACUGCUGUGCGGUUUUUUCAAUUAUAUGUAUUUAGAAAUAGAGAAGUAUCAGCUUGGCUUGUACAGAGAGCUGAAAGAAGUGGAUACAAGGCUAUAGUUGUAACUGUUGACACUCCUAAACUUGGUCGAAGGGAGAAAGAUAUAAAGAACAAAAUGAUUGCCCCUCAGUUGAAGAAUUUGGAAGGUUUUAUGUCAACCGAAGUUGUCAAUGAUAAGGGUUCAGGUCCUGAAGCUUUUGCAAAUAGCAAUUUUGACCCUUCUUUCUGCUGGAAGGAUAUAGCUUGGUUGAAAUCUAUUACAAAGCUGCCAAUAUUGAUCAAGGGUAUACUCACACAUGAAGAUGCAACAAGAGCUGUGGAUGUUAGAGUAGAUGGAAUCAUAGUUUCGAAUCAUGGAGCACGGCAGCUUGAUUAUGCUCCAGCCACAAUUUCUGUUCUUGAAGAGGUGGUUCAAGCUGUUGGAGGUAAGCUUCCUGUUUUCCUUGACGGAGGGGUGAGGCGUGGAACUGACGUCUUCAAGGCUUUGGCGCUUGGUGCACAAGCUGUUCUUCUGGGAAGACCUGUAAUAUAUGGACUGGCGGCCAAGGGAGAAGAUGGAGUAAAACAAAUAAUUGGAAUGUUGAAGGACGAAUUAGAGCUCACUUUGGGCCUUGCUGGCUGCUCAAGAAUAAAGGAUAUCACUAGGAACCAUGUCAAAACUGAGCAUGAAGGACUUCAGUCGCUGCUCUAAGCUGAAUCAUUUGGAUUGCACUUUUAUUUUUUUAUAAUUAGUCCGAAGACAAACUCUUGUUAGGCUACUAACCUGCAUGACACACCAGUUCGGAAGCCGGGUACAAGGCGGAACAUUUCAGAAGUAAAUGUCCCAACAUAUUAUUGGGAUGAGGAUUCGAACCUUGCACAAUACCCUGGAACUCGGGGUGGUACUCGAGCUACCAGCCUACCACCUCUCCCUGUGAAUUGCACUUUUAUGGUAGCUCAUGAACUUCAAUAGCAACUUAGCUUAUAUACAAUGUCAAACUCAAUUAAAUAAAUAUCUAUUCAUUAAA